GGAAACGCGGAAGCUCUGGUAGCAGCACAAGUGGCGGUAUGGCAACAAGAGAGCCACACAGGUCAUACUAGCCUGGUUUGCCUUGGCAAACUACUCUGUAAAUUGUCCCUCUCUGAGUCCUAACACUCAGUAUAAUGUGCAAAUCAACGCAAGUAACGUAGCUGCCUGUAUCUCAAUCUCCUGUUUAUGGAGGCAAUCCACAAGCCUGGAUUUUCUGUAGUCAGAUUUGCUGCAGCAGCACACACUCCAGCCCUGACCCUAGCUGGCUUUUGGAAUCAUGUGCCUUCCUCAGAGUCGCUGAUGUAGACUGUAGCUCUCCUCCCUAUGCUGUUUGCAGUGAGGUUACAUGUCACUUGUUCGGUUUGUGUAUUAUCCAGUAUCCAGAACGCCACUGGUUUAUGUGGAGUAGGAGGAAAAUACCUGUACGUGCAGCAGUGGGGUUAAGGCAGAAGGAGGCAGUGAGAGACCCGUGUACAGGGUGUUCUGAUGGGAGCACUCGAAAGCAAAUCUUGUGAGUUACCCUUGAAGCGGUACGCUGCUGCGUCUGAGAGGACAUAACCCACCAGUUACACAGAUUUGAGCCACCGCGGGGAAAUUUGUGGAAAGAAUCCUCAUUCACUCAGAAAUUAAAGAAUAACAAGUAGUGCCCAGAGCAACCAAAGAGUGUGCUGAAUCCCAUGCAAUCAUGCGAGAUUCUGUUUUCAAUUGCUGUUUUACCCCAGCACAUCCCUCAGCUGCUGAGGUUGCCCACCACCACCAUCGUCGUGGAAACAUGGCUGAGGCUCCUCCGCCCGGUGACCGUCGCUUUCUAAUCUUCUUCGACUUUGAUGAGACACUGGUGGACGAGACCAGUGACGACAUGGUGGUCCAGGCAGCUCCGGGAGGGGUGCUCCCUGGGUGGCUGAAAGACACCUAUAGGCCCAACCGCUACAACGAAUACAUGCAGCGCGUGCUGGCCUACCUGGCCGAGCAGGGUGUCAACGAGCCGACCAUCCGCUCCAUCAUCGAGCAGAUUCCGGCCUGCCCUGGGAUCCUGGCACUCCUGCGCUUCCUCCAGUCCCGUCCGCCGCAGGACUUCGAGGUCGUGUGCGUGUCAGACGCCAACACCCUCUUCAUUGAGUCAUGGCUGACGCGCGCCGGCUUCCGCACAGUCUUCCUGCGCGUCUUCAGCAACCCUGCUCACUUUGACCGCAACGGGCAGCUGCAGCUCAGGCCCUUCCACUCUCACGAGUGUCAGCGCUGUCCCAUCAACUUCUGCAAGGCUGUGGUGGUGCGUGAGUACAUAGCUAGACGAGUGAGGGAGAGGGGAGGCCGGCCGUUCCAGCGAGUCUUCUACGUCGGCGACGGGGCCAAUGACUUCUGCCCAUCCCUGACGCUGUCGCAGCGGGACACCGUGUUCCCCCGGCGAGAUUUCCCAAUGCACCGGCUAAUCCAAGAGAUGGCUGAGGCACAGCCAGGGAAGUUCCGGGCCAACGUGGUGACUUGGGCCAGUGGGGAAGAUGUGAUCAAAACACUCAGAAAAAUAGUGGAGGAGAGGGGGUAGCAAGGCCAGGAUCUUACACAUGAAAGGCAGACACACACACACACACACACACACACACACACACACACACACACACACUCUCUGUGUCUCACUGAUUCCACACACUGCACUACAUGGAUCACAAACGCAGACGCAUCAAAUUCACACCAACUUCACAACAUGAAAUACAUAACCCCAUUAACUCAGUAUUGCAUAAACUAAUACAGUUCACAACCGCAAGCAAUCAGCCUAGCUGCCAGGCAUCUGUAUAACAGUUUUAUGUAGAGCUGAAUGAAGAAUGAGCAAACAGUGUAUCUCCUAGAUUACAAGCUGCUUCAGUUACUGGCAGCAUUUACUGGUGCUUUUAUAAGGUGUUGGUUCAAGCAAAAACAGAUUGUUGCUAGGCAAAUUAAUAUGACCUUUAGGCUUGAGAGAACACUGUUAUAAAGCAGGUCCCUCUCAUCCUGAAAGUGUCUAUAUGUGUCUAUUGGCCUACUCUGUAAAUUAGUUUACACACAUAAAAUGGGACUGUAAAGUGGCAAGUUAAUAUUAACCCAAAUGUUGGUCAGCCCAUCCUCCUGCCACAAGUAAAGUAUCAGUUAGAUGAGCCCUGACCACUGAUGACCAUUGGAGAUACCAGAUGUCAUAGUGGGGGUUGUCUUCAAUACAACAAUCUUAAAAUUACUAAUGUGUCUUAAUGUGUCUAUAUAUGUCUGAGAUUGUACAUGAGGCCAUACGAUCAAUCAAUCAAUCAAUUGAGGAACAAGAAUGUCAUGCUAUUCAACCAAUAAAGAUGCAACAAGCAGCAAUUCUUUUAAAUAUGUAGAAGAUGGGAUUUUCAAAUUGUGAACCGACUAGGAGACAGUGAAAAAGGUUAAGCCCCCAAAAAUGUCCCAGACUGCUUUUUAAUCAAUGCCUGACAUUUGCUCACACAUUCAUGAGUUGUUAGUUAAUCUAAAGAAGUGGUUAAUGCUAGAUGUUACUUGUGGAAACAUAUACGUAUUGUGCCUUUUAACUGUCUCUGGCUGCCUGUCAGUCUAGCUGUCUGUUUAGCUUGAUAUGUGUGUCUAUGACUGUUUGUCUUUUAGUUCUAUUAUGUAUGUUUGUCUGAUCAAUAUGUCCUUUACUCAGGGUCUGUAUACAAGUGACCUCUUACCAACAGGAAUAAAGCCAUUCAAAAAAGCUCUGUGUCUGAUUGUCUAGAGACAGUGCUGUUUGUGGCAUAAGCCUACAUUACAACUAUGCUGUAGUCUGUGCACAUCUGUGUAAAUGUGGCCCACCAAAUGAUCACCUAUCCAAAAUGCACAGCUAUCGCUACCUACAUACACACUGUAGCAAUGUAGCCCAACUCCUCUCUCUCCCUUCCCUUCCGUUCUCUACUUAUAGAUUCCAAGACACAUUUAGAAUGCUUAGAAUUUUACUUAAUUAAGAAGCAGUUUUACAAAAAAAAAACAGUCAAGAGAGAUUCCUAAAACAAAAACCCAAAUUGGAGAAAUCUGGCUAGCCAAUUUGAACCAACCAAAUAAGGCACCUCUUAACAACAACAACAAACAAACAAGGCUGACUUCAGCCAGUUUUUUAUUGCACAAGCGACACACUGCACCUACAAAAGGUCGAAGUAUACUUCUACGACUCCGUUAAGGUCCAUAUAUGCUUCUGCAACUGCGUUACUGCUUGGCCACGCAGUUGCAUCGACGGACUUGUGAACAUUUAUAGUAAAAUACGUCUGAGGGGAUUUGCAAGGUGUCUGAGC